AUGGAGCUGUUUGGGCUAGACGUGUCUGUGACGUGGACGUUGGUUAUUGGCGUGCUGCUUUUGUUAGCAUGGUAUGAUUGGUGGCGUCAUCAUUAUUUUCAGAGACUAGGCAUCCCUGUGGCUGACUACGUUCCCAUCUUUGGGAAUGCACUGCAGUGGCGUCGUGGACUCCAGACGACUUUCACCGAUUAUGUUAAGAAGUACGGAAGAGUUGUCGGUACGUACGAUUUCCAUCGGCCAGUCCUGAUAAUCACUGACCCUGAUCUUCUGAAGAACAUCCUGGUCAAGAAUUUCUCGAGUUUCAACAAUCGAAGGAGGAUCGGGAUGUCUCAGAAACCUUUAAGCAGGGCCUUGACUGAUCUUGUGAAUGAGGAAUGGAAAGAGAUACGCAGCGUCAUCACUCCGUCAUUCAGUGCCUCCAAAAUGAGAAAGAUGUCUCCAUUGAUCAAUGAGUGUUGUGAUACUCUGCUGGCGAGUAUCGGUAAAGCGCGAGAGGGAGACAUGUCCAUCGACUUUAUGGUUGUGUCCGGGGCAUACACCAUGGACGUCAUCGCCAAGUGCGGUUUUGGUCUCGAGGUUGACUCUCAGGGGAGCAAGGAUGAUCCGUUCGUCAAGAACGCAAAGAAGUUUUUCGAGUUCAGCAGGCUGAGUCCGAAAGUCCUAAUUUUGAGUCUUUUUCCGUUCAUGGGGCGUGUAUUUACCUUUUUGAACAUAUCUUUGUUUGCACCUGACGCCCUCAAGUUUUUCAUGGACGUGACGGAGGCCGCGUGCAAAAUGCGAACGGCAGAGGGCGAACAGGCCUCCCAGCGCGUUGAUCUUCUUCAGUUGAUGCUGAAUGCUCACAAUGACCCCGAGGUUGAUCAGGAAGACACGCCCUCUUCAGACAAAGCCAAAGGAAAGGGCGUGGUCCAACGCAAGCCCUUGUCGACAGAGGAUGUCAUGGCGCAGUCGCUCAUCUUUUUCCUGGCUGGUUACGACACCAGCACCGCGAUGCUGAGCUUAACUGCCUACCUGCUGGCUACCAACCAAGACGCACAAGAGAAACUACACGCUGAGAUUGACAACCUCGCUCCCACGCGAGACAACCUUGGCUAUGACGUCAUCGCCAAGAUGGAGUACCUGGACAUGGUGAUCAAUGAAUCACUGCGCAUGUAUCCCCCAACAGUCGUGUUUGAUCGUAUGUGCAACGAUACCAUCACCUAUAAGGGCCUUGUCAUUGAAAAGGGUGUUGGAGUGCUGGUCAGUGUCUGGACUAUGCAUUACGACGAGGAAUACUGGACCAAUCCGACCACGUUUGACCCCGAGAGAUUCAGCCCUGAGAACAAGGCCUCCAUCAAACCAUGCAGUUUCCAAACGUUUGGCUUCGGUCCUCGUAACUGCAUCGGUAUGCGCUUUGCCUUGCUGGAAGCCAAGAUGGCGCUGGUCCGUGUACUGCAGCAGUAUCGCUUCGAUGUCUGCUCGGAAACCGAGAUCCCACCAACUCUUGGUAAGAGAGGUCACCUUGCACCCAAGAAUAUAAUCUUGAACGCCAUCCCACGGAAAUAAAUCCUGAAAUAAAUGCCCACGGCCCUUUUAUCUUGUCUAAAUCUUAUACAGCUAGGGUUUUUUUUAAUUUAAUUUGAUUGUAUUUCUAUAUUCUGGCCAAUAAGGUAAAUUGGCAUAUCCACCUUUAUCUAUUGAGUUCCACAAGGCAAUUUUAUUCUGGUAGUUUUAAAAAGUAGUCAUUUUUGCUGCAUGCUUAAAAAUUUCGUCACUCGCGAAAUAUGUGGGUGAUUUCAUGUGGUCCGCGCACAGUCUACAUCAUUAACACUGAGCAUGUGAUACAUUACGAUCAUUGUGCGGCUCCUUUUUCUAGAUCACAAUUAUUAUAAGUGAUGUGUAAACUAGUGAGUGGUAUUGCUAUUCACCACUAGACUGGUCCCCAUUCCUCUUUCCAACGUAGGCUUGUACAGAGUGAAGCGAUAAGGAACCAGUUUUUAUUCGUUCUCGUUAGGCUGCGCAGUGCUCCCUUCCUAUCUGUUCACACAAAAAGCUAUAUACCACAUCGUCGGGUCAAAGCAGAAAGGGCUUAUACCAUGCUUUAGGUCCAUUUUUGUUUUUUGAUGGUAACUGUUUACUUUCAGUACAGUCUUUAUCCCAAAGAGGUUUUAUGUUAAUUAUUCAUCCAAUUAAGGAGUAAUUAAGAAAUUUUAAAAGGACUUAUACUGAUCUUGGCAUACAACUGGGAGCAAAAAGGCCUUAUAAGCUCAUAAGCCUUUUUCCCUUUAAACAGGCAGUCAUUACAGGGCCUUAAAAACUAAUACAAUCAGUAAGGCAAAGACCUUCUGUUUGAUGUUGGGAAAUGCAAAAAGGGCUUAAGAGCUUGUAGGACCUUUUUGCACGCACCCUUUUGUCCUUUUGUCAUUUCUUUCAGUGUGGAAGCACCAAAAGGUCUUACUUUUUUUAAUUAGCUGUAAUUAAAUAAUUAAGUUACAAAUAUGGCAAGUAAUACUUAACUGUUAAGUUAAAGAACCCCCUUUAACAAUAUGCAUAAUUUAAACUAUUUAAAUAACAUUUUGCAAUUUUCAAAGCAGUGUGAAUCUUCAAACUCGAUUAUCUUGAAAUACUGGAAAAUGCUGAAUAGGGCUUAUAAGUCCUUUCUGCUUUGACCCGACGACAUAACUUCCAGUCUGUUACUUAAUUCACUUUUCAUUAAGUGCUUUUAUGAAACCUUAAUACUUGCUUUGCUCAAACCGCUGAUUUAAUGUAGGCCUACACUAAUUUUUGACCCUAUACAAUAUCUUAUGAUUUAGUUUAUGUCAAAAUAUUUUAAUCAAGAAUUCUAAAUUUAAUUAUAUUCAGAAGUAAAUCUAAGCUGUAAAUAUAAACUAUUCAAGAUUAGGUCUGAUUAUGACAGCAAAAACGAAGGAUAUUUGUUGAUUGAAAAGUGAAUUCAAAUAAUGCUUUUCAACGAAGAAACCCUCUAAUAUGCGUAUCGACAUGAUUGGACCGAAGUCCAUAUCUCCACCAUUGCAUCUAUCGCUUAAAACAACUUCGAUCAGUUUUGGCAAACACUUGGACAUCAUUAAAACAGCAGCGUACAUGCUGGAGUGUUUGGAUCAAUUCAGUGUGCUAUAAAUACCUUGUAUCGCGACAUCAUAUUAUAGCACUAUCCUGCAGGUAUAUGUGUUCAUUUUUUUUUUUAAAUGUAGCAAUGUAGGAGUGCGUGAUUUAACGGAAGACUGCA